GUGAUGAGGUUGAUGCCAACUACAUGGAAGAUUACCUGCAAUGGUCACAUCCUUUUGUCGUCCCCCCGGAUGACGUCCAAGUUCCACCCCAGAAACACCCUCCCGUUCCAACUCCCGCACCGCCACCACCUACGAUCGCCCAACUUAAUAAGACCGUUGGAUUGCUACGGCGUCGGCUUGGAAAGUUGAGGAAGCAGUUAUGUUGCAAGUACGAUGAAGGAGCGGGGCUAUCCAAUGAAGAAGUGAAGGAAGUCGUGGAGAAUCUUGAUAAAAUUGAAGAAACCGAUCCUACUGCAAGGGAUUUGUUCGGUGAAAUUAGGAAGAAACCGGCACAAAAGAAGCAAAAGACCAAUUGA